AUGGUGGCCGGUGGUGGCGUGACGGUGGCGCAGGAGCUCAAGAUGCGCUGCGGCUUUAGACUUCCAACUGAUUGGGAAAAAGGGCACAAAAUAAUAGAGGGUAUUGCUCGAGGGCUUCUUUAUCUUCAUGGAGAUUCCCCACACUGUAUUAUUCAUCGCGAUCUCAAAGCUAGCAACAUCUUGUUAGAUGCAUAUAUGAAUCCUAAAAUUUCAGAUUUUGGCACUGCAAGGUUGUUAGAUCGAACUGAAGGCAAUACAAUGAGAAUUAUUGGGACUUAUGGAUAUAUGCCUCCAGAGUAUGCUCAACGUGGAACCUUUUCAACAAAGUCCGAUGUCUUUAUUUUUGGCAUGCUAAUUUUGGAGAUAGUGAGUGGGCAUAAAAACAGCUCUUUUCCUGAUGGCCUUCUAAGCUAUACUUGGAAAAACUGGAGGCAGGGAACACCUUUAAAAAUUGUAGAUCCCACAUUGAUGGUAAAUUCAACAAUUCAAAUACUGAGUCGAUGCAUCCACAUUGGACUAUUAUGUGUUCAAGAGAAUGUAAAUGAUAGACCGACAACUGCCACGGUCGUUCUCAUGCUUAGUAGUGAAUCCAUUACUCUAGCAGUACCCAAGAGACCUCCAUUUCUUAUGUACACGGGUAGCACUGGACCAGACAUGUUGUCCCGGCAGUCAUAUUAAUCUCGUAACAACAAUGUCCAAGCCUCAGUAAAUGAUGCUUCAAUUACUGAGCCAUAUCCUCGCUAGUGUUUGUUGUCAUUACCCUAGUUUCGAUUGUCCUAUAUAUUGGUGUUGUUUAUGGUACUCUAUUAUUCCAGUGAAAUUUUGUGACUCUCAAUUGUUUUAAUUGAUCAUGUUUUCCC